UGAAGGCAGCGUCGGCGGCUUUUCUUUGCUUUUCUCUUCUCGCAAUCUGCCCUCUGCCUCGCGCGCUGAGCUCUAUACUUCGCAGCUACAGCCUGAGAGGCGCACUCCAGUCGACUCCAGCGAGAUAAAUACAGACACGCCACAGGUGGCUAACGGGCGCCUCACAGCUUGACCUCUUCGUCGACGACGACGAACACGCCCUCCCCACAUGGACCCGCUCUCAAUCGGUGGCGAGUCACCCGCCGCCCGCCAGUCGAUUCUUGGCUCUUUCCUCCGCCCACGACCCCGCGGCACGUCGCAGUCGCAUCCCUCGCCGCCAGCCGACGCCAGCAGGGAGUCACCGCCCCCCGUCGUCCCGCCCGCCGAGGGAGCACGCCGUCGAAACGCCCCCGGCCUCCAGCCAUCCUCGUCCCAGGCAGGUCUGUCGCAGAUGCUGCGCCGCAGACGAUCAGCAGGGGCCCUCGCCUCGAACGCAACACCCCAGGGGGCGGCCGUCGCCCCUCGCCCGGCCACAUCCGCCAACUCACCAACGCACCGGAUCCGCCUCGUCCCGCACCUCGCAUCCCGAUCGUCCCUCCGGUUCGAGCCCAUCUGCAGAGACGUGCGCGAGGGCGACCCGCCGCUGCGGAUCGGGCGGUUCACGGAUCGGUCAGGACUGGGACUGGCCGCGGCGAACGCACUCGGGUCGAACAAGCUCGCGUUCAAGUCCAAGGUCGUCUCGCGCGCGCACGCGGAGAUCUGGACGGAGGCGGGCGGGCGGUUCCUCAUCAAAGACACGAAGAGCAGCUCGGGCACGUUCCUCAACCACGUCCGGCUGUCGCCUGCGAACACGGAGAGCCGCCCGGCCGAGCUGCGCGAUGGCGACAUUCUGCAGCUGGGGGUGGACUACCAAGGCGGGAACGAGGACAUAUACAAGUGCGUGAAGAUCAAGAUUGAGAUGGGCCGCGAAUGGCAGGCGCAUGCUAAUCCGUUCAACGCAAAUGCCCUGAAGCAACUCAAGGCAAUCUCCUUACCCAACAACACAACAUCAAAGAAGACGCUCCCAAAGUCGUCGCUCCCGGACUGCUGCAUCUGCCUGUUUGCGGUGACGAUUCACCAGGCGCUGUUCAUCGCGCCGUGUUCGCACGCGUUCCACUUCAAGUGCAUCCGGCCGCUGCUCGAGACGCACCACCCCGCGUUCUCGUGCCCGCUCUGCCGCACGUUCGCGAACCUCGAGGAGGACGUCGAGGUCGAGAUCGAGGGGAGCGUCUUCAGCGGGGACGACGAUGCUGACGGGGACGCCUCCGUCGUCGUCGCAGCCGUCGUGGCCACCAUCGCGGACCGGCCGGCCACGGGCGACAGCCACCACUCCUCGCACUCUCGCUCGCGCGAGCGCGACCGGGACCCCGGCGCGGAGACGGAGGUGGAGGCGGAGCCGCGCCCGAUGCGCGGGCGGGUGAUGCACCACUUCGCGGAUGCGGACGUCGACAUGGCGGAUGCGGACGGGAUCGCGCUGCCGCCGCUGCCCGAGGGCUCGCCGCUGAUGGUCGCGCGCGCGUGGACGGCGGUGAACGGGGAGAGGGACGGGAGCGUGUCGCCGGUGCCGGUGCCGGGCCCCGCGAGCAUGGCGAUGGAGGUGUCGGAGGGCGAGGAGGACGGCGGGGAUGGCUCGGGUAGCGGAGAGGGCUCGAGCGAGGUCAUGGUCGGCGGGACACUGGGCGAGGGGCACAAGCGCAAGCGAUGAUCCACGCGCGUGCACUGGAUGUAUAGUUAAUGGUCUACGAUUACGGAUUACGGUGCGUGCGUGGUGUAAUUUAUCUUCGUUGGUCUGGAGGCUUAUAUGCGGCGCGCGCAGAUGUCAAG